UGGAUCGUUUGUAGGACUUAAAAGCCGCAGGACAGCAGGAUUCUUGUCCGUGUCUGCUUGGAUUCUGCUCAUCUUGAUGUCCUCCCGCCGUUCAACUUCCUCGUCAAUACAUUCCUCAUGACAUCAUCCGUAUGAGCCCGACAAGCAUUCCAGAUGCCGCUGUCACAGAUGCCUCAACCACCUGGGUGCCCGAGAAGCAGCCAGGUGCCGUCGCAGCAGCACUCUGUGUCGCAUUCGCACUCCUAGUUGGCCUCGUACUCUACCUUUUCGGAUGGAAGAAGAUCAGGAAGUUGAGGCAUCCUCCGCCGCCUCCGCCGCCUCCGCCGCCUCCUUCUCUACACCUUACAACAGCGGGCAAUCACCGCAGUCGACAUGAUUCCCCUGAUGCAUCGACUUUGAGCCCCUAUAGCUUGCCCCGGCUACCGAGAAAAGCCCGCAUGGCAAAGCUGACACGGGGAAAGCUCGAGUCGUUGGCAAAGGUCGCCGAGGCCAAGACGUGUCCUGUUUGCCUGGAUGACUUUGUCGCUGGAAGUGUUGUCGGCCAGUUACCGUGCGGCCAUGUCUUCUGUUCGGCGUGCAUCGAGCUUUGGCUCCUCAAGCACUCUUACACAUGUCCCUUGUGCCGUUUCAAUCUUGAAGCAGGCGAAGUGCACGCCAACCCACGAUGAAGGACGUGCAGUAAUGGAUCACGAGGCCACAUUCAAGGGAUGUUGAUUCAUCUAAGCAUGCGACAUAUAUUAGUAAUAUGGCAAACUGCUCCUUCCGAAGCCUUGCAACUGCGAUGGCUGUAACUCAUGCUGCAACUGUUGGGCUCGGUAUCCCAUAUUCUCAUAUGAUGCAACGAGGAGCGCCAGGUGCCGAUAGGUACUUUUGAUAACGUUCUAUGCGACAGUUCUGGAGGCAUACUGUUAGCGGAGGAUCAUCGGUGUUUGCCCCUUU